AUAUCCCGCCGCUGAGAGUUCCCAAUACACCCUAUAUACCUCCUGAGCCUCUUCCGAACCCGAACCCGGAGCAGCCAGAACCCAAGAAGACAAAAUGGCAACGCUUCAAGUCUUCGGCGGCGGCCCUACGACGACGCGGCAAAAAGCUGUUGAAGAUGCCCGGAAAAUGGAAGAAGCCGUCCAAGAAGAAUGUGCCAAGUCAGGAAAGCCUCCACCAGGCUACCGACUCACCGAACUAAUCGGCAAAGGAAGCUUCGGUCGCGUGUACAAGGCCAACGACCUAAUGACUUCUCAGGUGGUAGCUGUCAAGAUCAUCGACGUCGACGAGAGUGAUACGGUGAACCCAAAACUCGCGGAUACUUACAGCGAGAUUCUCAAAGAAAUCAACGCGCUACAUCGGUUAAGUCAGUCUGGCGCACAAAACAUCAAUCAUGUGAUCGAGGCCCUACCUGUGGGUAAAGCUAUGUGGAUGGUUACGGAAUAUUGUGCUGGAGGAAGUGUUGCUACCCUAAUGAAGCCCACAGCACCCGGCGGGUUGCAAGAAAAGUGGAUAAUUCCAAUUUUGCGUGAGGUUGCGGUAGCAAUUUACUGGGUUCAUAAGGAGGGGAUAAUCCAUCGUGAUAUUAAAUGUGCUAAUGUGUUAGUUACCGAAACCGGAGCAGUCCAGCUCUGCGAUUUUGGUGUUGCUGGUAUGAUGGAGACGAAGCUAGACAAACGAUCGACAUUCAUCGGUACGCCGCAUUGGAUGGCUCCUGAAUUGUUUGACCAAAAUGCACAAUACGGAACGGAAGUCGACAUAUGGGCCUUCGGCUCUAUGGUAUACGAAAUUGCUUCGGGAUUGCCUCCCAAUGUUAGAGCCAACGUAGGCCUCCCCCAGCUUGGAGACUACCUUAGAGAACAUCUACCACGCCUUGACGGAGAUCAGUAUUCAGACCAGCUUAGGGACCUAGUCGCCUUCUGCCUCGAAGAGAACCCUUCCAAACGUCCCUCCAUUGAACGAGUCCAACAACAUCCAUAUCUUUUUAACACGAGUUCUAGAUAUCCUGCUUCGUCUCUGUCAAACCUCGUAAAAGCCUUUAAGCUCUGGGAAGAGCGUGGCGGCAGUAGGAAAUCUCUCUUUGGUGCUGGGGGAGCCCAAGGUCCAACCGAUCUAGGAUCGACUUCGUUGGCAACGGAUGAAUGGAACUUCUCUACCACACUCGCCUUUGACGAGCAGCUCCAUGAUGCUUCCGACGGUAGGUCCGAUGCCGAGGCUGUCCGUGAUGUCUACGGCUCGGCCGUCGAUUUUCCUAGUACAUUCGGCGAAGAUACUGCGCGACCAAAAGCCUUAGUAAAAGGUCGACGUCGACCACCUCCACAAGCCCUCGCCGCAUCGAAAGUAAAAGCCCCUCUAGAGAAGGUCUUUGAUCCAAACACUAUAUCCAAUUACGACGAAAACUCUCGAAUGUACUAUGGCCGCCUCGCACCACUAGCAGAACCGAUGACAAAUGAACUCCCAGCAUCUGACCUUCCGCUACGCGACGAUUCACUACACGCGACACUUCGAGAGUCAUUGAUCGACCUCGAUGCAUCUCUUGGGGGUGGUGAUCUAUCUAACUUCGUUGACAUGGGCACGAUAAGGCCGGGUCCGCAACCUCAGCCGCAACCACCACAGCCGAGACCAGGGCCGCGCGCUUCAAUGGAUAAUAACUGGUCUUUCUCCGCAGCUACCGAGUCGACUACGCAUGAUAGGGCACCACUCAGCGACCCCGCGGAUAUGAACGGCCGACACCACGCUCCAGACUGGUCGUGGCCUACCAGCAUACCCCCUGCCUCUGCCAAUCCCGAGAUGUCUCAUUUCACAUUCAACGAAGACCGCACCCCCGAUAGCCUCGAGGGACGUCCCCGUCUCAUGCACCACCCUACAGAACCCAUCGGCUUACCCUCCCAAGGAUACGAUAUACAAAGCACGAGUACUUCCACCGACCGCAUGUCAAUGACCAGCCUCAUCGACCUUGACAUGAGCAUGCCCGAGCCCAACCUCCCCGAGCUCACACGCCCAUCCACGGCAAACUCGGACAUCGGAUCGAUAGCUGGCUCAGACAUCGGCACGCGCGAGCCCUUUGAGCUAGAGCGCCACGCCUCCGUGUAUGCACCUACCAACUUCUCCAGCCGCGAACCCUCGAUCUACGUCUCAGACGGAUCGGAGUUCUCGACGCAGAUCAGUAAUAAGAUCGCGGAGGUAUCCGAUGUUAUACAAGUGCACCCCCAUGACGAAGUCGACACCAUCACGGUGCAGCAUCACCAGCAGAGGGGAAGCGAUUACACUGUCGCCUCAUCCGAGACAUACGUCAACGACCCCCGAACCGACGGCCCACACUCCCAUCUGCCGAUUAUACCACCGCCUUCUAGCAGCGUCAUGGAGGCGCGCGCGACGGCCGGCGAUGUGGCGAAUGAAAUGAGGCGGCUAAUCGGGAGUCUUGGAGAUCACCUUUCGAUUAUCGGCGAGCAGGUCGCUAUUAUGGAACCUAGGAGGGCAGGGAGGAGUUACGAGGGUGCUGAUUAGGUACCUAGUUGGUUGAUGAGGAAGGACCUAGGAUUAACGAAGUAUGUUAUACGGGAGACGAGAAGAGACGAUACGAGACGAGUGAGCAGCUUUUAUUAUACAUGC